UUGUGGUUAGCCCUGCUCUGAGUUAAAACAAGUCAAGAGGCCAGUUAAGUGAGCCUGUAUCUCGAACUGACCUAAUUAUUAAUGAUAAGCACGAUUGGCAUCUUACACGGGCACAGCACAAAGGACAGAAGCUUGUGUUUAGCAAAACAUCACAAACUUUACAGAAGAUUUCUGACCGAUCUGUUUGAGAAGACCUUUACUUGGGAAGCUGGAUGCAGAUGGGUGCUAACGAAGAAGGUCACCUCCACCGUAAGCUGUCUAGGGUCUUCAGUAUCGAAAGCAAACACAGCUCAAUAAAAAACAACAAGGGGACCACAGAAGUUGCUGUGGAAACCAAAAGCUUCAGUAGUGAUGACCACAGGUCUGCUCUUUUAAAGGGAUUAAACCAUUUACGGUCUGAUGAAACUCUGUGCGAUGUGACACUCAUCCCAGGGGAUGGCCUGGAGACAUUUCCAGUCCAUAGAGUUGUCAUGGCCUCUUCCAGCGACUACUUCAAGGCGAUGUUCACAGGUGGCAUGAAAGAACAAGAUCUGAGGACCAUCAAGCUGCACGGGCUCAGCUGUGUUGGGCUGAAGAACAUCAUUGACUUUAUCUACACAGCAAAGGUGUCUCUGAAUAUUGACAACUUGCAAGAUACAUUGGAAGCAGCUAGCUUUCUGCAAAUCAUGCCUGUACUAAACUUCUGCAAGGAACUGCUCAUCAGUGAGGUGACUACAGACAACUGUGUGGAAGUUGAGAGGAUAGCCAAUAAUUUCCACCUUACUGAGGUCAACAACUUCAUUAAUGACUUUGUUCUAGAGAAUUUCUCUAGGCUGUUGAAAGAUAGCCAAUAUAUAAUGCUGUCCGAAGCCAGCUUGGAGCAUGCUUUGGCAAGCGACAGCUUGAAAGGCUGCACUGAGAUGGAACUCUUCAGAGCUGCUUGUGACUGGAUUCACCAUGACAAGUCCCGCAAAGUCCAUAUGUUUCGACUCAUGAAGCACAUUCGCUUUCCACUCAUGUCUCCCAGUGAAUUGUAUGACAUAUCUCAAGAAGCAGCCUUCCUUCGUUCUGACACUGACUGUGUCAACCUUCUACUAGAAGCCAGUAAUUAUCAAAUGAUGCCAUACAUGCAACCUAAUAUGCAAACUGAAAGGACCCAGAUCCGCUCAGACGCCACACACUUGGUCACUGUGGGGGGUGUUUUGCGACAGCAUCUGGUGGUUAGUAAGGAGUUGCGCCUCUAUGAUGAAGCCAGUGAAAACUGGAAAGUCCUAAGGCCGAUGGAUGUUCCAAGGUACCAGCAUGGGCUGGCAGUGAUUGGCAACUUCCUGUAUAUUGUAGGCGGACAGAGCAAUUAUGACACCAAAGGCAAGACAGCAGUGGACACGGUUUACAGAUAUGAUGCUCACUUUAAUAAAUGGUUGCAGGUAGCCUCUCUAAAUGAAAAGAGGACUUUUUUCCAUUUGAGUGCCUUAAAAGGAAAGUUGUAUGCAGCUGGUGGAAGGAAUUCAACAGGGGAGAUUGCCAGUGUGGAGUGUUACAAUCUUCAGAAAAAUGAGUGGACAUUUGUUUGUCCAAUGAGUGAACCUCACUAUGGGCAUGCUGGAACAGUCCAUGGGGAUCUGAUGUACAUCUCAGGUGGCAUAACACAUGACACGUUCCAAAAAGAGCUGACUUCUUAUGAUCCGGAAACUAACACAUGGAGCCGCAAGGCAGAUAUGUCCACUGUCCGAGGGCUUCACUGCAUGUGCACCUUCAAUGACCACCUCUAUGUUAUUGGAGGAAACCAUUUCCGAGGAACCAGUGACUAUGAUGAUGUGCUCAGCUGUGAAUAUUACAGCCCAGAAAUAGACCAGUGGACAGAUAUAGCUCCCAUGCUCAGAGGUCAAAGUGACGUGGGGGUGGCUGUAUUUAAGAAUAAGAUCUUUGUGAUAGGAGGUUACUCCUGGAACAGCCGGUGCAUGGUGGACAUAGUGCAAUGCUACGACACUAAAACUGAUGAAUGGCAAGAAGUGUUUGAUGUGCCAGAGCCUAUUGGCGGUGUCCGAGCCUGCUCUAUGACUGUCCACCCACCAGAAGACACAGUAGAAUCUCAAACAAAUGAGUGUCCGCUGUCCACAAAGAGCUGAAGAGUUACUAAGGCCUUGGAACCUUUAAGGCCAGCAGCGGUCAUCCCAUAAUGUUGAUGAGAUCUGACCAGUCUGUCUAAAGGUUUGUAUUCUAUCCCAGCUCUUGAUAUGAACCCAUUCCCAUCUUGAUUCAUUCAGCUUAUUUUCAGUUUCAUUUGUACAUGGUACCAUUAAUCUUUAAUUUUCUAUAUCAAACUGUUGUUUAAAUAUAGUAUUUAAUUUUUUCUUCAAAUGUAUUACUUUAAUAAUGUAUCUUGUCAUCUUUGUAUAUGGUUCUCCAUUUAGUAUCUUAUGAGAUGCUGGAUAGAGGUGUCUGAAUGCAUUUGUGUAUACAGAAUUAAAAAGGAGACUAAGAAACAUACUAUACUACUACUAGU